AUGGAAACUUCAACGACUCCGUUAAUUCCAUCUACUACAUCAACAUUUUCCAGCACUCAGUCAACACUACCAUUAACCACAUCAACAAUUUUUAGGACUGAGUCAAUAACAUCAACCACCUCAUCAACAAUUUCAACCACUGAAUCAACACCUGCUGCCACCAGUAAGACAACAAUACCAUCUACCACAUCAAUCAUUUUCACGACUGAUUCAACAGCAGCCCCCAACACAUCACCAAUUUCUACCACUCUGUCAAUUGCACCUGCUACAUCAACAAUUUACAGCACUCAGUCAACACUAUCAACUACCACAUCACCAAUUGUAACUACUGACUCAAUAAAAUCUACAACCACAUCAACAAUUUUCACCACUGAGUUAACAACAACAUCCACAAGUCACUCAACACUAUCACCUACAACAUCAAUUAUUUUCACCACUGAUAUAACACCACCCCCCACCACAUCACCAACUUCCACCACUCCGUCAAAUCCCUCUACUACAUCAACAUUUUCCAGCACUCAGUCAACACUACCAUCAACCACAUCAACAAUUUUCAGUACUGAGUCAAUAACAUCUUCCACCACAUCCACAAUUUCAACCACUGAAUCAACACUCGCCACAAGUCAGUCAACACUACCAUCUACCACAUCAAAUAUUAAAACGACUGAUUCAACAGUAGCCCCCACCACAUCACUAGUUUACAUCACUCCGUCAAUUCCAUCUACUACACAAAUAUUUUCCAGCACUAAGUCAACACUUCCAUCAACCACAUCAACAAUUUUUAGUACUGAAUCAAUAUCUUCCACCACAUCAAUAAUUUCAACCAUUGAAUCAACACCUGCUGCCACCAGUCAGUCAACACUACCAUCUACCACAUCAAUCAUUUUCACGACUGAUUCAACAGCAGCCCCAACCACAUCACCAAUUUCCACAACUUCGCCAAUUCCACCUGCUACAUCAACAAUUUCCAGCACUCAGUCAACACCAUCAACUACCACAUCACCAAUUGUAACUACUAACUCAAUAACAUCUUUAACCACAUCAAUUAUUUUCACCACUGAGUUAACAACACCAUCCACAAGUCAGUCAACACUAUCACCUACCACAUCAAUUAUUUUUACCACUGAUAAAACACCACCCCCCACCACAUCACCAACUUCCACCACUCCGUCAAUUCCGUCUACUACAUCGACAUUUUCCAGCACUCAGUCAACACUACCAUCAACCACAUCAACAAUUUUCAGUACUGAGUCAAUAACAUCUUCCACCACAUCCACAAUUUCAACCACUAAAUCAACACCAGCUGCCACCAGUCAGUCAACACUACCAUCUACCACAUCAAUGAUUUUCACGACUGAUUCAACAGCAGUCCCCACCACAUCAGCAAUUUCCACCACUCUGUCAAUUGCACCUGCUACAUCAAUAAUUUCCAGCACUCAGUCAACACUAUCAACUACCACAUCACCAAUUGUAGCUACUGACACAAUAACAUCUUCCACCACAUCGACAAUUUCAACAACUGAAUCAACACCUGCUGCCAUCAUUCAGUCAACACUACCAUAUACCACAUCAAUCAUUUUCAUGACUGAUUCAACAGCAGCCCCCACCACAUCAACCAUUUCUACCACUCUGUCAAUUGCACCUGCUACAUCAACAAUUUCCAGCACUCAGUCAACACUAUCAACUACCACAUCACCAAUUCUAACUACUGACUCAAUAACAUCUUCCACCACAUCAACAAUAUCAACCACUGAAUCAACACCUGCCGUCACCAGUCAGUCAACAGUUCCAUCUACCACAUCAAUUAUUAAAAUGACUGAUUCAACAUUAGCCUCCACCACAUCACUAGUUUACAUCACUCCGUCAAUUCCAUCUACUACACAAACAUUUUCCAGCACUCAGUCAACACUUCCAUCAACCACAUCAACAAUUUUCAGUACUGAAUCAAUAUCUUCCACCACAUCAAUAAUUUCAACCACUGAAUCAACAACUGCUGCCACCAGUCAGUCAACAAUACCAUUUAGCACAUCAAUCAUUUUCACGACUGAUUCAACAGCAGACCCCACCACAUCACCAGUUUCCACCACUCCGUCAAUUUCAACUGCUAAAUCAACAAUUUCCAGCACUCAGUCAACACUAUCAACUACCACAUCACCAAUUGUAACAACUAACUCAAUAACAUCUUCAACCACAUCAAUUAUUUUCACCACUGAGUUAACAACAGCAUCCACAAGUCAGUCAACACUAUCACCUACCUCAUCAAUUAUUUUCACCACUGAUAUAACACCACGCCUUACCACAUCACCAAUGUCCACCACUCCGUCAAUUCCAUCUACUACAUCAAUAUUUUCAAGCACUCACUCAACACUACCAUCAACCACAUCAACAAUUUUCAGUACUGAGUCAAUAACAUCUUCCACCACAUCAACAAUUUCAACAACUGAAACAACACCAGCCGCUACCAGUCAGUCAACACUACCAUCUACCACAACAAUCAUUUUCACGACUGAUUCAACAGCAGUCCCCACCACAUCAGCAAUUUCCACCACUCCGCCAAUUCCACCUGCUACAUCAAUAAUUUACAGCACUCAGUCAACACUAUCAACUACCAUAUCACCAAGUGUAACUACUGACUCAAUAACAUCUUCAACAACAUCAAUAAUUUCCACCACUGAGUUAACAACACCAUCCACAAGUCAGUCAACAAUACCAACUAGCACAUCAAUCAUUUUCACAACUGAUUCAACAGCAGCCCCCACCACAUCACCAAUUUCUACCACUCUAUCAAUUGCACCUGCUACAUCAACAAUUUCCAGCACUCAGUCAACACUUCCAUUAACCACUUCACCAAUUGUAACUACUGACUCAAUAACUUCUUCCACAACAUCGACAAUUUCAACAACUGAAUCAACAGCUGCUGCCACCAGUCAGUCAACACUACCAUCUACCACAUCAAUCAUUUUCGCGACAGAUUCAACAGCAGCCCCCACCACAUCACCAAUUUCCACCACUCCGCAAAUUCCACCUGCUACAUCAACAAUUUCCAGCACUCAGUCAACACUAUCAACUACCACAUCACCAAUUGUAACUACUGACUCAAUAACAUCUUCAACCACAUCAACAAUUUUCACCACUGAGUUAACAACAGCAUCCACAAGUCAGUCAACACUAUCACCUACCUCAUCAAUUAUUUUCACCACUGAUAUAACACCACCCCUUACCACAUCACCAAUUUCCACCACUCCGUCAAUUCCAUCUACUACAUCAAUAUUUUCCAGCACUCACUCAACACUACCAUCAACCACAUCAACAAUUUUCAGUACUGAGUCAAUAACAUCUUCCACCACAUCAACAAUUUCAACCAUUGAAACAACACCUGCUGCCACCAGUCAGUCAACAAUACCAUCUACCACAUCAAUCAUUUUAACGACUGGUUCAACAGCAGACCCCACCACAUCACCAGUUUCCACAACUUCGCCAAUUCCACCUGCUACAUCACCAAUUUCCAGCACUCAGUCAACACUAUCAACUACCACAUCACCAAUUUCUACCACUCUGUCAAUUGCACCGGCUACAUCAACAAUUUCCAGCACUCAGUCAACACUACCAUCAAGCACAUCAACAUUUGUCAGUACUGAGUCAAUAACAUCUUCCACCACAUCAACAAUUUCAACCACUGAACUUACACCAGCCACCACCAGUCAAUCAUCACUGCCAUCUACCAAAUCAAUCAUUUUCACAACUGAUUCAACAGCAGCCCCCACCACAUCACCAAUUUCCACCACUCCGUCAAUUCCACCUGCUACAUCAACUAUUUCCAGCACUCAGUCAACACUAUCAACUACCACAUCACCAAUUGUAACUACUGACUCAAUGACAUAUUCCACAACAUCAACAAUUUCAACCACUGAAUCAACACCAGGCGCCAUCAGUCAGUCAACACUACCAUCUACCACAUCAACCAUUUUCACGACUGAUUCAACAGUAGCCCCCACCACAUCACCAAUUUCUACCACUCUAUCAAUUGCACCUGCUACAUCAACAAUUUCCAGCACUCAGUCAACACUAUCAACUACCACAUUACCAAUUGUAACUACUGACUCAAUAACAUCUUCAACCACAUCAAUAAUUUCCACCACUGAGUUAACAACACCAUCCACAAGUCAGUCAACAAUACCAUCUAGCACAUCAAUCAUUUUCACGACUGAUUCAACAGCAGCCCCCACCAUAUCACCAAUUUCUACCACUCUAUCAAUUGCACCUGCUACAUCAACAAUUUCCAGCACUCAGUCAACACUUCCAUCAACCACAUCACCAAUUGUAACUACUGACUCAAUAACUUCUUCCACCACAUCAACAAUUUCAACCACUGAAUUUACACCAGCUGCCACCAGUCAAUCAACACUACCAUCUACCACAUCAAUCAUUUUCACGACUGAUAUAACAGCAACCCCAACCACAUCACCAAUUUUCACCACUCCAUCAACUCCAUCUACUACAUCGUUAUUUUCUAGCACUCAGUCAAAACUACCAUCAACCACAUCAACAUUUGUCAGUACUGAGUCAAUAACAUCUUCCACCACAUCAACAAUUUCAACCACUGAAUCAACACCAGCCGCCAUCAGUCAGUCAACACUACCAUCAACCACAUCAAUCAUUUUCACGACUGAUUCAACAGCAGCCCCCACCACAUCACCAAUUUCUACCACUCUAUCAAUUGCACCUGCUACAUCAACAAUUUCCAGCACUCAGUCAACACUUCCAUCAACCACAUCACCAAUUGUAACUACUGACUCAAUAACAUAUUCAACCACAUCAACAAUUUCAACCACUAAAUCAACACCAGCCGCCAUCAGUCAGUCAACACUACCAUCUACCACAUCAAUCAUUUUCACGACUUAUUCAACAGCAGCCCCCACCACAUCACCAAUUUCCACAACUCUGUCAAUUCCACCUGCUACAUCAACAAUUUCCAGCACUCAGUCAACACUAUCAACUACCACAUCACCAAUUGUAACUACUAACUCAAUAACAUCUUCAAACACAUUAAUUAUUUUCACCACUGAGUUAACAACACCAUCCACAAGUCAGUCAACACUUUCACCUACCACAUCAAUUAUUUUCAUGCCUGAUAUAACACCAACCCCCACCACAUCACCAAUUUUCACCACUCCAUCAACUCCAUCUACUACAUCGUUAUUUUCUAGCACUCAGUCAACACUACCAUCAACCACAUCAACAAUUGUCAGUACUGAGUCAAUAACAUCUUCCACCACAUCAACAAUUUCAACCACUGAAUUUACACCAGCCACCACCAGUCAAUCAACAGUACCAUCUACCACAUCAAUCAUUUUCACGACUGAUUCAACAGCAGCCCCCACCACAUCACCAAUUUCUACCACUCUGUCAAUUGCACCUGCUACAUCAACAAUUUCCAGCGCUCAGUCAACACUAUCAAUAACCACAUCACCAAUUGUAACUAUUGACUCAAUAACAUCUUCCACCACAUCAACAAUUUCAACCACUGAAUUUACACCAGCCGCCACCAGUCAAUCAACACUACCAUCUACCACAUCAAUCAUUUUCACAACUGAUUCAACAGCAGCCCCCAGUACAUCAGCAAUUUCUACCACUCUGUCAAUUGCACCUGCUACAUCAACAAUUUCCAGCACUCAGUCAACACUACCAUCAAGCACAUCAACAUUUGUCAGUACUGAGUCAAUAACAUCUUCCACCACAUCAACAAUUUCAACCACUGAACUUACACCAGCCACCACCAGUCAAUCAUCACUGCCAUCUACCAAAUCAAUCAUUUUCACAACUGAUUCAACAGCAGCCCCCACCACAUCACCAAUUUCCACCACUCCGUCAAUUCCACCUGCUACAUCAACUAUUUCCAGCACUCAGUCAACACUAUCAACUACCACAUCACCAAUUGUAACUACUGACUCAAUGACAUAUUCCACAAAAUCAACAAUUUCAACCACUGAAUCAACACCAGGCGCCAUCAGUCAGUCAACACUACCAUCUACCACAUCAAUCAUUUUCACGACUGAUUCAACAGUAGCCCCCACCACAUCACCAAUUUCUACCACUCUAUCAAUUGCACCUGCUACAUCAACAAUUUCCAGCACUCAGUCAACACUAUCAACUACCACAUUACCAAUUGUAACUACUGACUCAAUAACAUCUUCAACCACAUCAAUAAUUUCCACCACUGAGUUAACAACACCAUCCACAAGUCAGUCAACAAUACCAUCUAGCACAUCAAUCAUUUUCACGACUGAUUCAACAGCAGCCCCCACCACAUCACCAAUUUUCACCACUCCAUCAACUCCAUCUACUACAUCGUUAUUUUCUAGCACUCAGUCAAAACUACCAUCAACCACAUCAACAUUUGUCAGUACUGAGUCAAUAACAUCUUCCACCACAUCAACAAUUUCAACCACUGAAUCAACACCAGCCGCCAUCAGUCAGUCAACACUACCAUCUACCACAUCAAUCAUUUUCACGACUGAUUCAACUGCAGUCCCCACCACAUCACCAAUUUCCACAACUUCGCCAAUUCCACCUGCUACAUCAACAAUUUCCAGCACUCAGUCAACACUAUCAACUACCACAUCACCAAUUGUAACUACUAACUCAAUAACAUCUUCAACCACAUCAAUUAUUUUCACCACUGAGUUAACAACACCAUCCACAAGUCAGUCAACACUUUCACCUACCACAUCAAUUAUUUUCACGCCUGAUAUAACAGCAACCCCCACCACAUCACCAAUUUUCACCACUACAUCAACUCCAUCUACUACAUCGUUAUUUUCUAGCACUCAGUCAACACUACCAUCAACCACAUCAACAUUUGUCAGUACUGAGUCAAUAACAUCUUCCACCACAUCAACAAUUUCAACCACUGAAUUUACACGAGCCACCACCAGUCAAUCAUCACUGCCAUCUACCAAAUCAAUCAUUUUCACAACUGAUUCAACAGCAGCCCCCACCACAUCACCAAUUUCCACCACUCCGUCAAUUCCACCUGCUACAUCAACAAUUUCCAGCACUCAGUCAACACUAUCAACUACCACAUCACCAAUUGUAACUACUGACUCAAUAACAUCUUCAACCACAUCAAUAAUUUCCACCACUGAGUUAACAACACCAUCCACAAGUAAGUCAACAAUACCAUCUAGCACAUCAAUCAUUUUCACGACUGAUUCAACAGCAGCCCCCACCACAUCACCAAUUUCUACAACUCUGUCAAUUGCACCUGCUACAUCAACAAUUUCCAGCACUCAGUCAACACUAUCAACUACCACAUCACCAAUUGUAACUACUGACUCAAUAACAUAUUCAACCACAUCAACAAUUUCAACCACUAAAUCAACACCAGCCACCAUCAGUCACAGCCCCACCACAUCACCAAUUUCUACCACUCUGUCAAUUCCACCUGCUACAUCAACAAUUUCCAGCACUCAGUCAACACUAUCAACUACCACAUCACCAAUUGUAACUACUGACUCAAUAACAUAUUCAACCACAUCAACAAUUUCAACCACUAAAUCAACACCAGCCGCCAUCAGUCAGUCAACACUACCAUCUACCACAUCAAUUAUUUUCACGCCUGAUAUAACAGCAACCCCAACCACAUCACCAAUUUUCACCACUCCAUCAACUCCAUCUACUACAUCGUUACUUUCUAGCACUCAGUCAACACUACCGUCAACCACAUCAACAUUUGUCAGUACUGAGUCAAUAACAUCUUCCACCACAUCAACAAUUUCAACCACUGAAUUUACACCAGCCACCACCAGUCAAUCAACACUACCAUCUACCACAUCAAUCAUUUUCACGACUGAUUCAACAGCAGCCCCCACCACAUCACCAAUUUCUACCACUCUGUCAAUUGCACCUGCUACAUCAACAAUUUCCAGCACUCAGUCAACACUAUCAACUACCACAUCAACAUUUGUCAGUAAUGAGUCAAUAACAUCUUCCACCACAUCAAUAAUUUCAACCACUGAAUUUACACCAGCCGCCACCAGUCAAUCAACACUACCAUCUACCACAUCAAUCAUUUUCACGACUGAUUCAACAGCAGCCCCCACUACAUCAGCAAUUUCUACCACUCUGUCAAUUGCACCUGCUACAUCAACAAUUUCCAGCACUCAGUCAACACUACCAUCAAGCACAUCAACAUUUGUCAGUACUGAGUCAAUAACAUCUUCCACCACAUCAACAAUUUCAACCACUGAAUUUACACCAGCCACCACCAGUCAAUCAUCACUGCCAUCUACCAAAUCAAUCAUUUUCACAACUGAUUCAACAGCAGCCCCCACCACAUCACCAAUUUCCACCACUCCGUCAAUUCCACCUGCUACAUCAACAAUUUCCAGCACUCAGUCAACACUAUCAACUACCACAUCACCAAUUGUAACUACUGACUCAAUGACAUAUUCCACAACAUCAACAAUUUCAACCACUGAAUCAACACCAGCCGCCAUCAGUCAGUCAACACUACCAUCUACCACAUCAAUCAUUUUCACGACUGAUUCAACAGCAGCCCCCACCACAUCACCAAUUUCUACCACUCUAUCAAUUGCACCUGCUACAUCAACAAUUUCCAGCACUCAGUCAACACUAUCAACUACCACAUUACCAAUUGUAACUACUGACUCAAUAACAUCUUCAACCACAUCAAUAAUUUCCACCACUGAGUUAACAACACCAUCCACAAGUCAGUCAACAAUACCAUCUAGCACAUCAAUCAUUUUCACGACUGAUUCAACAGCAGCCCCCACCAUAUCACCAAUUUCUACCACUCUAUCAAUUGCACCUGCUACAUCAACAAUUUCCAGCACUCAGUCAACA